AUGUACAUCACCCUAUACUACAUAGUCACCCGGCUCCCUGACUCCCUUCGCAUAGUCAGGGACCACUUCCUCUCAAUUCGCCCCACCACACUCACCGUUGACCUCCUCAAGAAGGCCCUCCUAGCAGCAGAGAAGAGCAUAGUCGCUGUAGGAGCCUCUCGUGGUGACCCUCGCACCCCCAUCUUUGAGGGGUGUUCCCCCUCCCUCCUUUUGCCCUCUGUUGCCUCUGCUGCUGCGACCGACCUCGUUGGCUUCGAGUCGGUUGGCGCUGCGUCUGCCCCUAGUGGGAGACGUCGCCCCGGCAAGGGCAAAGGGGGCAAGGGCGCUGGAGGGGCUGGCGGGGGCAGUGAAGGUGGCGGUGGAGGCAAUGGAGGGGGUGGGGAUGGUGGUGGGAGUGGUGGCCGGGGUGGAGGUGUAGGUGGCGGCAGUGGAGGCGGAGGCGGAGGCGGCGGUGGCGGAGGCGGCGGUGGCGGUGGCGGUGGGAGCGGAGGUGGCGGCGGUGGAGGAGGAGGCGGCGGAGGAGGUGGAGCUGGUCGGGGUGGCGCUACGGAGAGGGUCGGCUCCGGUGGUGGUCAGCGCCAGCAGCAGCAGCAGCAGCGAACCUCUGACAUCCCCCCCCCUCAGCAGCUCCGUGAGUGGUACGCUGCACGCCAGCGGGGUAGGGGUACUGGUCCGUGCACCUACGUCCUACGCACCAGCGACCUGGCGGGUGAGCAGUGCGGGGGUGCGCACCCCACCCAGCGCUGCUUUGGCCGCCUGACUGACGCUAGGCGCCACCAGUUCCCUGAGGCCACUAAGAUCCCUCGCUGGGGCGAGCUGUCUAGGGCGGGUGUAGCUAUCUUUGACCUUGACUUUGAUGCUAUUCUUGCUGCCAUGUAUGCUAUGACUAUUAGUGAGGAGGGUGACUGUUACCGCUGUUUUCCGCCCGACCCGGGCAUUAAGACUGCUGCUCUAGGUACUGGUGAGGCUGCUGCUUUAGGUGCUAGUGAAGGUGUUGCUCUAGGUGCCAGUGCUUACAGUCUCUCUGGCAGACCCCCUGGGGGUCCUGUCCUUGCUCACUUCUCCACUGUCCUCCCGUGUCCGGCGGCCCCCUCUGGCACCCUGUCUGGUCUUUACCUCCCCUCGUUCUCUACGAACUUGGUGAGUGGUGCUGACCUACAGGAUGCGAGGGUUCACCAGUUCACUCCUGCGAGUCAGCGGGUGACCCACUGCACGGACGCUUGGACAGGCCGACACCUGGCCACGUUUACACGUCGGCCGGGGUCGAGCCUGUACACACUGACCACUGCGUCUCCUCCUGUCACUGCAUCUGGUCAGGUAGCUGCGUCGGGUCAGGUGUUUGCUGCAGCGUCCAGGUCUGCCCCCUGCUCGUGUCGCCUCCUGUCUCACGAGACUCUCUUCUGGCACCACCGCCUUGUUCACCCCUCCCUGCUUCGUCUCCGAAGCAUGGCCUCCCGUGUCCUUGUCUCUGGUCUUCCCCGGUCCCUCCCUCCCCUUCCUCCGAGGCCUGGCCCUGCCUGCAUCCCCUGUGUCGAGGGGCAGAAGCGGGCUGCCCCUCACUCCUCCCAGUUUCCUCUGACAGAGGCCCCGCUGCAGACGCUUCAUAUGGACGUGUGUGGCCCGGCCCGCGUCCGUGGACAGGGUCACGAGCGCUACUUCCUGCUGGUGGUUGACGACUACUCGCGUUACACCACAGUCUUCCCCUUGCGCAGCAAGGGUGAUGUCACUGAGCGCCGCAUUGGCAUGGUCAUGGACGUCGCCCGUACGUCCAUGAUGCAUACGGCUGCCCCCCAUUUUCUGUGGCCGUUUGCGGUCCGGUACGCGACGCAUCAGAUCAACCUUCAGCCCAGGGUCUCCAUGGCGGAGACCUCCCCAGCUUUGCUGUGGACGGGGAAGGUUGGCGAUGCGUCUGCGUUCCGUGGUGGCAGUUCUACCACCCCACCUCUCGCCGUGUUCUGUCCUCCCAGGACGUCACGUUCGACGAGUCGGUCCCCUACUACCGUCUCUUCCCCUACCGCACUCCGUCCCUCCCCCAGCCACCGCUCUUCCUUGUGCCAGGUCCCCCCCCCGGUAGACCCUCUCCCCCUUCAGGGUCCUGCCCCUUCAGGUGUGUCCCAGGUAGACGCUGUUGAGCCUGUCGAGGUCGCUGGUGACUCUAGUGCUGCUGAGGGUGCUGAGCCUGGGGGUGCUGACUCUGGGGGUGGAGAGCGUGUGGGUGCUACGCCUGGGGGUGCUGAGCCUGAGGGUACUACGACUGGGGGUGCUGAGCCUGGGGGUGCUACGCUUGGGAGUGCUGAGCUUGGGGCUAGGCCUGCUCGUGUGGCGUCUGGCGGUGCUGUGCCUGGCGGUUCUCCGGGUGCUUUGUCUCGCCGGGAGCCACUCUCUCCACAGGAGCUGCGUGAGUGGUUUGCCCGGCGCUGGAGGCGAGCUGCUGGAGCUGGAGGUGCUGCGGGUACUGGAGAUUCUGCUGCUACUGAGGGUGCUGGUGCCGCGGGUCCCGGAGGUGCUCAUACUGGGAGUACUGGAGCUGCUGGGCCUGCAGGUACUUCUAGAGCAGGAGUUGCUGCGGGUGCUGGUGCGGAGGCUACUACUGUCGGUCCUGGAGGCGGUCCUGCUGGGGGUGCUACUGGUGCUAGUGGAGCGUCGUGA